AUGUGCAGAUCUAUAAGGAGGACCAGAAGCAUUGCAGACAGCCUGCACUAUAACACGCCUUCACCCCACAGGGACAGAAUUUUGGCUGGAGACUGUUGUGUAGUGACUGUGACCCUUUGGGUGCUGUGUAUUUGGCAGCUCCUCAGGCUCAAAGCAGUUUUUGAACAGAUGAUAGUGAGUAAAUAUGGCCACUCCUAAAAGGAAUGUGCACCUGAUACUCUGACUGGUAACACUUCAAUAGAAAUCCAGAUGUGCUCCAGAGAAAGGAAAAUUCCUACUUUAAAGCCUCCCCACAUUCUGAAUUGUAAUGAAAAUCUGGACUCCUUACGAUCACAGGUUGAAACUGUGAGCUCCAGGGAGGUUUCAGUUAUUGCAAGUAACACUCAAAUCCUCACCUCCAUGAUAGGCCAGCUGACCUGACAGAACAUCACUGCGCAGAUUAGGCAAAAGCCAAAUGUAUCAGAAGACUUUCAGGCAUCUGGGGCAGUAAUGGCUACAGUGAGUCAAAUCUUGGAUGCCAAAACAGAAUUCAUCCACAAUACUCUUGUCAAUGCUACAACCAGCCUCAUGAAAGCAAUGGAGGAAUUUUCUUUCACUGGUAACAUCUCACAGCCCAAUGCUGCAAUCCAGUCUGCUCCACUGAAAUUAAGCUCCUCUGUGAUUCUGUUUUUGGCAUAGAGAAGUAAUAUCCUGGGAAAAACAGAAAUACAGGAAAUAUGGGAAAAUGCUCCUGGGUUUAUUGGUGACCUCAGUACUGAAGUUCAGAUACUGUUCAACAUUUUAAAUAAAACCAUUUUGUCCUUUGACUUCCUCCACCAGGAACUGAUGCCAGAUGUUACUGUUUUCCUGCAGAUAAUGAUCUUAUCCACUUUUUCUCCUUGCAAUCCCCAUCCCUGGUAUGACACAUCUGAGCUGCAGCUGUGUGCUCAUGCCUGUGUCUUUUGGGAUUACACUGUAACAUGCAGGUAUAAUCACACCACUAAUUUUGCUGUUCUGAUGGCAUUUCAGAUAAAAUAUAAAUAUGAAAAGCUUUUGGAUUGUAUUUCUUAUAUUGGUGUUGGAUUGUCCAUGGCUGGUCUGGUAAUUAUCAUUUUGUUUCAAAUACUCACUAGGAAAACUCAAAACUUAUCUGUAAAGUGGAUGUUAGUGAGUCUCUGCUUUUCUAUGCUCAUUUUUAACAUCAUCUUCAUCCCUGGAAUUGAAAACCGAACUUUCAGAAAGUGCAGCAAUGAUACCACCAGAUGCUACCAGCAAUACCUUCCUUAUGAUGCCACCAGCAACCUUACCUCUGACAGGAUGGAAACUCCCACAGACUCCUGGUGCAGAGUUGUGGCUGUCCUGCUGCACUGUUUCUUGCUGGCAGCAUUCCUGUGGUCAGCACUCAGCUCUGCACUGCUGUACUUAUUGCUGCUCAGAGCCACAAAGCCACUGCCUGGAUGUUUCCUCGUAACCAUGUCAUUAAUCAAAUGGGCAAUCCCUGCCAUAGUUGUUGCAAUAACACCAGCUACUGACAGAGAAGGAAAAGCUCUAAACUACCAACAGGAAGAAUUGAAUAAAAAGGAUUCAUUAAUGAAAAAUAUGAUCAGCACUAUCUCUAUAGUGGUAGUGCUCGGGAUCACCUGGAUGAUUGGUUACCUCAUGUUAAUAAGCAAUGAAAAAACAAGUCUUGCUUUCAGCUUUCAGUUUUGUGUUUUCAAUGCUACCCAGGAACUCCUGAUUUGCAUUAUGUUCACUUUCAGAACAUCACUCUUCAAGACAAAAGUUUCAAAGUGUUCCCAUUUUCCAGGUACCCCACUGUAUCUGCAUAAAAAACCAUAAAAUAUUUCAAAAUCACAGCCUGAAAAACAUUCAGAGAAAACUUUCAGAUCAACCCAGACUUUUUCAGACAAUAUUUCUUUGUCCACCUUCCCUAACUGGAACUGCAAACCUGCAAAUCCAUGA